AUGUCCGAAGGCAGUCAGCAGCCUCCAAAUGGCAUCCCAGAGUCUCACCAUGCCGAGACCUACCACGUCCCAGACGCCUUCUUGAAGAAGCACCCAGGAAAGCCUCAUAUCGCCUCGCUCGACGAGUACAAAGACAUGUACAAGGAGUCGAUCACACAACCAGACAAGUUUUGGGGAAAGAUGGCCCGUGACCUCUUGACCUGGGAGCGCGAUUUCCACACUGUACACACUGGAUCUCUUGCUGGAGGUGACAACGCUUGGUUCUUGGAGGGCAGGCUCAACGCCUCAUACAACUGUGUGGACCGUCACGCAGCAAAGAACCCAGACAAGCCAGCCAUCAUCUACGAGGCCGACGAGAAGGGCGAGGGUCGCACAAUUCGCUACGGCGAGCUGCUCCGGGAAGUGUCCAAGCUUGCAUACGUUCUCAAGCAGAUGGGUGUGAAGAAGGGUGACACAGUCGCACUUUACAUGCCCAUGAUUCCAGAGGCCGUUAUUGCCUUCCUUGCCUGCACACGCAUUGGAGCAGUGCACUCUGUCGUUUUCGCUGGCUUCAGCUCAGACUCCCUCCGAGAUCGCAUCAUCGAUGCAGAGUCCAAGGUUGUCCUUACCACAGACGAGGGCAAGCGUGGUGGCAAGCUCAUUGGCACCAAGAAGAUCGUUGACGAGGCAUUGAAGCAGUGUCCCGAUGUCACUGGCUGCCUUGUAUACAAGCGAACUGGUGCUGAAGUACCAUGGACCAAGGGCAGAGACUUGUGGUGGCACGAGGAGACCGAGAAGUGGCCAGCAUACAUUGCACCAGAGAGCAUGAACUCUGAGGACCCACUCUUCCUUCUUUAUACAAGUGGUAGCACCGGCAAGCCCAAGGGUGUCAUGCACACAACCGCUGGAUACCUGCUCGGAGCAGCAGCUACCGGAAAGUACGUCUUCGACAUCCACGACUCUGACAGAUUCUUCUGCGGUGGAGACGUUGGUUGGAUCACUGGUCACACCUACGUGGUUUACGCUCCGUUGGUUCUCGGUGUUGCUACUGUCGUCUUCGAGGGAACGCCAGCAUACCCCGAUUUCAGCAGAUACUGGGAUGUUUGCGAGAAGCACGAGGUGACACAGUUCUACGUUGCACCAACUGCACUCAGACUCCUGAAGCGUGCUGGUAACGAGCACGUCAAGGCCCAGAUGAAGGCUCUCCGUGUUCUCGGCUCUGUCGGUGAGCCCAUUGCAGCAGAGGUUUGGAAGUGGUACCACGAGAUUGUCGGCAAGAAGGAGGCGCACAUUGUGGAUACCUACUGGCAAACCGAGACCGGCUCCCACGUCAUCACUCCAAUGAGUGGUGUGACCCCAACCAAACCUGGCUCCGCCUCCCUCCCUUUCUUCGGCAUCGAACCCGCCAUCAUCGACCCCGUCUCCGGCGAAGAGAUCCAAGGCAACGAUGUCGAGGGUGUCCUCGCCUUCAAGCAAGCCUGGCCUUCCAUGGCCCGCACUGUCUGGGGCGCCCACAAGAGAUACAUGGACACCUACCUAAACGUCUACAAGGGCUACUACUUCACCGGUGACGGCGCCGCACGAGACUACGAGGGCUACUACUGGAUCCGCGGCCGUGUCGACGACGUCGUCAACGUCUCCGGUCAUCGCUUGUCAACCGCUGAAAUCGAAGCCGCCCUGAUCGAGCACCCGUCCGUCGGCGAAGCCGCUGUCGUCGGUAUCAACGAUGAGCUGACCGGCCAAGCUGUCAACGCUUUCGUUUCCAUCAAGGACGGCCACGAGAUCAACGAUCAGCUGAAGAAGGACCUCGUCCUGCAGGUCAGGAAAUCUAUCGGCCCCUUCGCCGCUCCCAAGGCCAUCUUCCCAAUCCCCGAUCUGCCAAAGACACGAUCGGGCAAGAUAAUGAGGAGAAUUUUGAGGAAGAUCCUCGCGGGUGAGGAGGAUCAGCUUGGUGAUACGAGCACGUUGGCGGAUCCCUCGGUGGUUGACAAGAUCAUUGAGACUGUGCAUGAGUCGAAGGGGAAGAAGUGA